AAGUUUUAAACCACAUAGAUGAUAGAUCGAAAUUCCACUGAUAGUUUAAGUUUAAAAGUCAUUAUUGACUGGUCGCCGCGUACGGCAAUUCAUUUUAUAAAUAAAAAUAUAUAAACCGAGUUAACUGCUUAUAAAAUCAAAAUGGCUCAGCAGGUUGCUGUACCAAAGGAGCGGUAUAUACCGAAUGGACUUAAAUUCGCGUUUGGUGGUCUCUCGGGCAUGGCUGCAACAUGUGUAGUGCAGCCAUUAGAUUUGAUAAAAACACGGAUGCAGUUGAGUGGAGGUGGUCGAACUUCAUUUGCUGUGGCUGGAGAGAUUAUAGCCAGGGAAGGAUUCUUCUCAUUGUAUGCUGGUCUUACUGCCGGGCUACUCAGACAGGCAACAUAUACGACAACACGUCUUGGAAUAUAUACUUGGAUGUUUGAUUCUUAUAGAGAACGUAAUGCCGGCGCUGCGCCUGGCUUCGGUACUAAGACGCUGUUAGGUGUUGCUGCUGGAUCUGUCGGUGCUUUCGUCGGCACCCCAGCUGAGGUAGCGCUCAUUCGUAUGACGGCUGACGGAAGACUGCCAAUGGAGCAACGGAGAAACUAUAAGAAUGUUCUAGAUGCGUUAUUGAGGAUAGUCCGCGAGGAGGGCGUCCUGAAGCUGUGGCGCGGCGCCACGCCCACCGUGGCGCGCGCCAUGGUCGUCAACGCGGCGCAGCUCGGCACGUACUCGCAGGCAAGAGAGAUGUUCGUGACGUACGUACCUGACGGUAUACUCCUACACUUCUGCGCAUCCAUGGUGUCGGGUCUGGUGACCACCAUCGCCUCCAUGCCCGUCGACAUCAUUAAGACCAGAAUUCAAAACGCAGCCAAAGGUCAGUCACAGAUAGAGGUCGUAACGAGUCUCUUGAAGAAGGAGGGUGUAUUAUCUCUAUGGAAGGGCUUCCUGCCGUACUACGCUCGUAUCGGACCUCACACGGUGCUGACCUUCAUAUUCCUCGAACAGAUGAACACAGCAUACUUCAAAUACACGUAAACCGUUUGGGUGGAAAUAAAUUCAAAGCUAUCGUGAUAGAGGUAAGAUAAAUUUAAUUUGAUUGUCUUAAAUGUUAAUUGAACGUAGCUCUUCAAAUAGGUCGCUAAUUAUAUUAAUAUAUUACUUUGUGAUAAAUAAUUAGGUAUAUAAUGUUUUUUUUUUAAUUAUUUAUAUAUGAUGUGAAACUAUAUAUAUAUAGCUAAGAACUUGGUCGUGAUAUCAAGUCAUGUUCUUAAAUACUAACGGAUUUAUUUUUACGUUGCUUAUCGGUUGUUUAGUUGAACAAAGAUUUCGUUCUCUUUCUGUCCUUAUUGAUUUGACAUUAGAAAGAAGAAGACAGUAUUGUUUAAUUGAAAACCCGCGAAACAAUGUCGUUUAGUAAGGUCGUAUGAUUUUAUGAUGAUUAAAUUUUAUUUAAAGAAUGAAUAGAAUAAUAAAAACAAUUAACAAUCGGUUUGCACGAUUUGUGAUGUAUUCGUGAUAUAGCCCUUACAGUGGUUACCAUUCACAAUCGAGUGGUCAAUUUGCUGCCGAAUUUUUAUUACCAGUAAAAAGUUUUUUUUUUUAAUAGUUAAAUUUUAUAGGCUAAAGUAAAAUGUUUCAAGUCUAAUUUAUAACUUUAGUCUUUGGAAAUUAUAUAUCUUGCAUUUUAUUAAUAAAGUCAGACUGUCUGUUAGCUACGUUCAAUGAAAUAAAAAGAUGAGCUUCAUGUUUGUUUAAAAAUAAAGCUUGUUCUACACUUUAUUUUCUAUGCUAUAUUUAUAAAUAUCGUCGCUUAUUUUGUUGAUUUUUUGAAACAUUUUGCACUUUAAGUCUUUAUAUAAAACUAUGUUUACAAUUAAUAAAUUAUUUGUAUGAAUCUAAAUUUUUGAAACAGUUAAUAAAUGUUAAAUUUACUUUUUAAUGAAUUAUUAAUAUAACAUUUGUAUAUUAAAAUAUUAGUAAUUGAUUAAAAAUAUGCUAUGCACAAAAACUCAAAUGCUUUUAUAAUUUUUUAGCCAGGACUUUAUCUAAGAUAAAUUUUUAACUGGCAACCUUAAAGAAAGUAACAAUGUGAUACAAUAUCAAACGAAAACUACCACAUACCAAAAGACAAUACUUUAGAUACUUUUUUUACUAGCAACUUUGCUGUUAAUGGUAUAUUAUAAUAUUAGUUAUUUUAGUGGUAACAUUACAAACGCACGUAAGAAAAUUGUCUUGUAUACACUGCCGUAUAAUAAAAUCUCGUUUUCUUUUUCAAUUUAAAAAGCGUUUUUUCAAAUAAUUUCAACCCAAACUGAUAAAAUAUAAUAUUUUGGAGUGCCAAAUAUAAAAAAAAAAAUCGCUUGUUUGCUUUUUAUAUUAAUUUGCUGUUAUGUACAAAAUAGUUUUAGGUAAUCAACUUUUUUAUAUAAUUUUAUAGAUUUACAUUAAUUUGCAUUAUUUAUUGUACAAAUGCUUAAUCAACAUUAAAAGUUCACAAAGUCCACAGUGGACUCUAAAGGAUCAUUAUUAUUUUUAGAGAAAAGCUUAUUAAAACAUUUAGUUUUUAUUUGUAUUCAUAUAUGAAAGUUCGAUAUAUUUCCAUUAUAAAAUAAAUUGUUCCUUCUUUUAACUGUAUUCAGAUAAAUAUAUUUUAUUGUUUUGUUUAUUUUUAUAAUUUUCUAAAAGGUCUUUUUAUAUAUUAUCUGUGACUCACAUACGCGCCAUUUUUGCAUUUUUUUUAUAAAUGUAUAUUUUUAUAGCUAGCAUUUUAUGUUUCAUUGUUAAAUUUAGUCUUAGAAUUCUAUAGCUGAAACCAUAUUUUUCUACAAUGGCAUCAUUAAAGCACUUGAUACAUGUCUUAUAAACAUCUUGUGUAAGUAAGACGAAUCUCUUUAAUUUGCAAAAGUGACGUAUUAAUUGUAUUGACGUAUGUAUUUGUGUCUCUUUUUAACAUCAAUUUAAUUGUUGGAUUGAACUAACUGUACAACAGAGACAACACUAUUGUAUUUAAAUUCCUACACGGCACUAACGAAAUAAUCUGUGUUCAUUGUGCACAUUUGUCGCAGAGACAAAAGCUUAAUCAGCUAAUAUAUUGUUUUUUUUAAAGCAAAUAAUUAAGUAUCUGUAUAAGAUUGUCUCCUAAAAUACAUUUUGAUUAAUUUCUAUUUUUUUUUAUCUGUGUCAAAUAGGAUUAUGUGCACAAUAGAAAAUAAAAUAAAAUAUUUUACUAUUCACGAAAAUAUAAUGAAUUCAGAGUGACCAAGGCUGUUAAGGCAAAUAUUUGUUUUUUUUUUGAGUCCUUUGAUAUGUAACCAUCAGCCGAUAAACAGGACUUAAAUAUGUAUUUGCUUAUAACGUCAUUUGACAUUUCUGUGCAAAUGAAGCGAGUAUAAACAAAUACGUCCUCUGCAUAUAAUAUAUAUAUCGGACAAGAUGAUGCAAAUAAUUGGAAAUGCUACACCGAGUGCCGCCAUAAGAGAAAUAUGUCACUUUGUUUGCUGAGAUGUGCAAGUUGGAAGGUUUUGUAAUAUGUGGUCGCUCUUAUUUGUUAGUUAAGCAUAAAUUCAACAAAUAUAUUUUUAUAGAUGCAAAUAUAUGUAACUUAAGAGAAUGUUGCUAUUAAAGUUUGUUAUGAAAAAUA